CCCUGCAGCCUCAAGAGUGUGGCAUCAGCAUUCCUGCGUCUCUCGGAGCUGCAGCAACAAGACCCUUACGAGUCUGGCACGAGUUACGAGGCUCUCAUCAGAAGGCAUCCAAAUCUUGGAUCUUUAAUGCUCGAAAAAACGUCACAUUGCACGCACCUUCCUUUCGUGACGAGUUUACACUGGGAUAGCGUAUGGCAGUUGGCCACAGCCUCUGGAGCUUCACGCUACAGGCUGUACUCAGCGUCGUGCGACCGAGAGCAACGGUCUCAGAGAUGCAAAUUAAUACGAAUUCUGGCGAUGGCCGAGUCGAGUGAUUUGCCACCGCCAUAUUGCUACAUCUGGGGUGAUGUCAGCGCUAACCCUGUUGUGGUGAAGGCGGAGAAGCCUGCUUUUAUUGACUACCAAGGAGCAGACAACCGCUUAGUGCCUCUGCUGCUAACGUGCCCGGUGACAAGCUCAAUGGGUCCUGUAGCCGGCGUCUCCAUCAGCCUAGAGUCCUGUUCCUCAGUAACCAACUUCUUGCAGUUUGCAGAUCACUGAUUAUGAAGCACACAUCGCUCAGCGGUCAACCGCAGGCCAUGCCCGACGCGCUGUUCUCGUUGGCCCACACAACACUAAAAUAAAUCAGUCACCCAACGACGCUGCGGUCUGUGGUCCAGCUAUAUUUUAUUACCACUCAGAUAUCAGUGCACGUCUCAUUGAGUGGAUUGAGAUACUCAAGAUCUUGGGUUUCUCAAGGAUAUUCUUGUAUGUCACAAGAGUGCAUCCAAAUGUGGACAAAGUAUUAAGAUUUUACGAAAGGGAAGGAUUCGUGAAAGUUACGUCGUUUUCGUACCCCGCUCCUUAUGUUGACAAUCCCAUCUUGAGGAGGGCUUGGGUUGGCGUGCAACGUAGCGAAAUGUUCGGUUUAGAGAACAUCUAUUUCACGGACUGCAUUUUGCGGAACCGCCACCAGUUCCGCUACCUGCUACACCUGGACCCGGACGAGCUGCCUGU